AUGGGCGUCCUACAGAAGAUCGAGGACAUCGAGAAGGAGAUGUCUCGGACUCAGAAAAACAAGGGUGAAGAUCCGCUGCGGACACAACUGACAGAAGCGACUGAGUAUCAUCUGGGUCUUCUCAAAGCCAAACUUGCCAAGUACCGUGCGCAGCUGCUCGAACCAGAAAAGAAGUCUGCCAAGGGCGAAGGCUUCGACGUGUUGAAGAGUGGAGACGCGCGCGUCUGCUUGAUCGGCUUUCCGUCAGUUGGCAAGUCGACACUGUUGUCCAAGACGACCAAGACCGAGUCGGCCGUGGGCGCGUACGAGUUCACGACAUUGACAGCUGUCGACGCUACAAAGUCGGACGAACAGCGUGCGAUGCUUGUCGCCGAGUUGGAGGAAGUCGGCAUCCGUCUUAACACCAAGUCACCAGAUGUCGUGUUCAAGCAGAAGACCGCCGGCGGGAUCACUAUCACGUGCACGGUCAAGCUCACAAAGACAGAUGAGCGCAUGAUCCGCUCCAUCCUCCAGUCGUAUAGGAUUCACAACUGCGACGUGAUGAUCCGCGAGGAUAUCACCAUCGACGAGUUCAUCGACGUUCUCCUUGGCACGCGCAAGUACAUCCCGGCGCUGACUGUCAACAACAAGAUUGACGCCAUUUCAAUGGAGACGCUCGACCACAUGGCACGCCAGGGCGACGGCAAGACCGUCAUGAUCUCGUGUGAGGCCGACCUCGGCCUCGACUGGCUCUUGGACGCAAUCUGGAAGGAGCUUGGUCUCGUCAAGGUGUACACCAAGAAGCGCGGGGAGCAACCCGACCUAGGUGACCCCAUCUGCCUCCGCGCAGGCGCCACGAUCGAGACUGUUUGUCACGGCAUUCACCGCGGACUCGCGUCGCACUUUAAAUACGCCCUCGUGUGGGGAAAGUCGAGCAAGUUUAACCCGCAGCCGCAAAAGGUCGGCCUCUCGCACCAAGUCAUGAACGAGGAUGUCGUCAGCAUCUUCACAAAGUAA